UGCGGAUCAGCCACAGCAGGCUACUGAGCCUAUCCUUGAGUACCUAGGUAUUGAGCUGGGCAUCUUUUGGAGAGCUAUAUUAAAGCGCCCCAAACACCAUGCCACGCCAUGCCACGCCACGCCACGCCAUGCCACACCGCAUCAAUUGUUUCAUGCCGUUGCACCUUGCGGAAUAAAUAAUCUCUCAGUCAGUUCAAGCCACGUUCGGCACGGUCGAAAGGGGACCACAGGACCACAGGACCGCGUCCCCUCCUCCCUCCUCCGGAUGACGGAUGUUGGGUCGGUGCCAGUGCCGGGCCCCGAGCCGAGCAGCAGAGCAGGCGACCCCACUGGCCCUCUGUGCUGCAGACUGCAGUGGUGCUGCACCUGCAUUUUCUCCCCACAGUGUACAUGCCUCGGACUGACCACCUCGGAAAGCUUGGUCUUCCUCUCUUGAGCUUCAAUUCCGGCACUGCAGCCAGGUCGACCCUCCUUUCUGUUGCCAGCCUGGACUUGGGCUCCCCUUCGACGACUUGCAUCUCUGCCCCGAGCCCCCUACCUUCCCCGCGGUACCUGUCGCUGCGUAGCACCGCAACUGCAACCGCAGACCGCAACCGCAUCUGGCAUCUGGCAUCUGGCAUCUGGCAUCUGGCAUCUGCAUCUGCAUCUGCAUCUGCGCUGUGCAGCACAAGACAUCUUGGCUGAGCGUAACACCACCGUCGACCCCCUUUCGCCCUCGCCGACCCCGACGCCGUCACCCGCCGAUCCGCCGACGCCCGGUCCCACGGCCCAAUUCCGAACCUGCCGCCAUCCACACCGACGACCUCUGAUCUGAUCACUGCCCCUCGCCUGCCUGUACCCGGUGCGCCGCCGCUCCUGACAUGCCGGAGAAGCCCUUAACGGUCGCUGCCUAUGCGGCCGGGGCGUCUCUGGCCGCCGCGACUCUCAUCUAUGUCUUUGCGCCCACCUACUUCCUCGACGCCGAUGCCGCCUCCUCUGGCUCCAGCAACUUCCUCACCGCCGGCGGCCGCAAGAAGGGCGUCAUCGUCGGCCUGGUCAACCCCGCCAAUGACUGCUUCAUCAACUCCAUAUUACAGGCCAUCGCCGGCCUGGGCGACUUGCGCGUCUACCUGAUCCGCGAGAUGCACCGUCGCACCAUUGACGAUGGCUGGAUAUAUACCCAGGCAGUCCCGAGAGACUUCAACGAGUACGCCGACGGCGACAACGAGCACACAAGGUCCGAGCCCGACUGGAAGAUAGAGGGCCAACAGAAGGGCCUCGUCACCCAGGGCCUGAAGGAGAUGCUUGACCAGCUGAACGAGAGGCCCAUCUACAGGAAGACCAUCUCCGCCGCGCCCCUCGUCAAGUGCCUCGAGGAUGCCUACCGUCAGCGCAUCAGCAGGCAACAACAGGAUGCCCAGGAGUUCCUACAGGUCCUCGCCGAGAGGCUAUGCGACGAAUACCACGCCGGCCACAGGGCGAGGCGCUACGCCAGGUGGAAGGUCGGCCUGGAGAGCUCCAGCGGGCAGCCCCUCGCCAUCAACGGCGACGCCUUCAAGCAGAAGCUGUCAGAGCUGGCAGGGCACGAGACCAACGGGCACGGGCACGGGCACGAGCUCGAGCUCGAGCCUGAGCGCGGGCCAGGCACCGUCCAGGGCACACAGAGCAAGGUCACCUUCAGCCCCUCCGAGGACGACGACGACGAGGGCUUCCCGAUGGAAGGGAAGACAGAGUCGCAGAUCGAGUGCUUGAGCUGCGGCUUCAAGCCGAGGCCCACCGAGUCCAGGUUUUGCACCCUCACGCUGAGCGUCCCACACGACGCAGCCUCCACCACACUAAACGCCUGCUUUGACGGCAUGUUCAAGACCGAAUACAUAGAAGACUACAAGUGCGAAAAGUGCAGGCUGGUCCACGCUCAGGACGUAUUCCGCGCCGAGAUGCAGAAAUCAAGGUCCGCAGACUUUAAAAGACAGGCUCAAGAGGCCUUGGACAAAUUACAGCACGCAAUAGACACGAAUCCAGAACUACCACCCGAGGACGUCGUCUUGCCCGACAGUAAGCAUGCGCCAAGACGCAAGAUUGCCAGGCACACUCGGGUGACCGUGUUUCCCAAGAUCCUGGCCAUCCACCUCAACCGUUCCAUCUAUGCCAGGCAGACGUCGUUGAAGAACUCCGCAAAGGUCGCGUUCCCAGAACGGUUACCGCUCGGCGGGCUCUUGCUCCGGAGGAAGUACAAGCUGCUGGGCCUUGUCACUCACAAGGGCAGCCACCACAGCGGUCACUACGAGUCCUUCAGGAGGCAAAACGUCCCGGCCCCCUACUCCAACCCCAACACCUUCCAGGCUUCUGGCAUCUACAGCAAGACUGCUAGCCCCAUGUCCACGCCUCAGAUCCACCCCACGAACGGCACGAAACGCUUCUCCGAGGACGGGACACCACGCACCGCCACCCCUGACCUUCCCUCACCAGCCUCGGGCAGCCCGUCACUGGACUACGCCAACACGACCCGCCGGAGCUCGCCGAGCCUCAAUGGCAACGGCAGGGCGUCCUUUAAGCUAGGGCCCACCUCCGCGCCAAAGGAGAAGGACCCCGAGACGAGCAGCCUGAGGUCCAUAGCCGCGUCGGCCAAGUCCACAAUCUCCAAGAUAUCGCCGUCCAGGCACGGGAGCGGGAGCGGCGGCAGCAGGGCGGGGACCCCGACGUCGAACGGGCCCGCGACGACGGGGUCGGCGCACACCACCGCCAGGCCGCCGGCCAAGAAGCAGAAGCAGGACCGCUGGUGGCGCAUCAGCGACGAGAAGAUCAAGGAGGCCAGCACGCGCGAGGUGCUCGGCAUGCAGCGCGAGGUGUACCUCCUGUUCUACGAAAUCGAGCGGGACGGCCUGUAGGACGGCCGCCCCGGCCGCCUCCGCCUCCUCGACAGCGAGGGCGGCACGCUCGGGUCCUCGCUGUACCUCCGGGGCGACAGCUACUGCGGCUCGGGCACCGACCUCGACCUCGACCUCGGCGCCGGCAGCGACGAGGACCCGUCGGGGUGCAUCCCCUGCAACCUGGCGAGGAAGCGCCUCCGCGCCGCGGCGAACGCCCUGAGGCAGCGCCGGCUGUCGUGGUCGUCCGCCAGGGACCACCGGUACCGCCAGCUCCACGAGGCGGCGUGGUCGGCCCCCUGAUGGGGGGGGGGGGCGGUUUUGAUGAGGAGGGGUCGCGGGAGUGCGCGAGCGUGGGUGCGUACAUGUGCGUGGGUGUGUUUGUCGCUCGCGAACUGCAUUGCAUUGCAUCAUUUGGAAAGAAAAUCACUGGGUUCCAUCCAUCAGCAUCAACUAGAGCAAGAGAGAGAAGAGAUUUAUGUUCAGCCAGCAUGGGGCCGGGCCUAUGGGUUUUAUGGCCCGCUUCGACCGGGAGGGGCUCGUAGCUUGUAUAAAAAAGUACUUUAUGAAAAGGCUUAUAUGAAUGAAGUCAUGCAUUUCACCGG